GCUGGGUCACUUCAUUCCCUCUCAGCUGUUGGAAGUGUCAUGGCCUGAACCACCUCAAAAUUAUCGGAUUUUUAACAAUUUCGGCAUGGCGGACUUGUUCAAGAGCGCCUUCGGCUAUCUAGGAGCCAACGGGGCGGCCUCGGACAACGAUUUCGUGGGCCAGGAGGUGGAGAUUAACGGCAUCAAGCUGAGAAUUAAGCAGUUGAUUGCGGAAGGUGGAUUUGCCUUUGUGUUUGUGGCGCAAGAUGUCUCGAGUGGAAGAUCAUUUGCUCUCAAGCGGCUCCUUGGGGCAGACCAGGUGGCAUGCGAUUCCAUUAAACAGGAAAUCGCCAUCUCCAAGCAGCUGUCUGGCCACCCGCACAUCGUGGAGUUUAUUGCCGCGGCCGCCAUCAGCAAAGCCCAGAGCAGGGAGAACCGCAAAGAGUUCCUCCUCCUUAGUGAGCUCUGUACAGGUGGGUCAUUAGUGGACGCCCUGAGACUGAUGGAGGGCCAGACUCUGAAGGUUAGCCAGGUGGCCUCCAUCAUGUACCAGACCACCAAGGCUGUGCAGCACAUGCAGAGCCAGAGUCCACCCAUCACCCAUCGCGACCUCAAGGUGGAGAAUCUCUUGAUCAGUGAGUCGGGUCACAUCAAGCUGUGUGACUUUGGUUCGGCGAUGAGGAAGACAUUUGACAUUGAUGUGACCUGGAGUGCACAUCAAAGGGGCAUGUUGGAGGAUGAGAUGGCCCAGCACACUACGCCCAUGUACCGAGCGCCUGAGAUGCUGGACACGUGGAACAACUACCCCAUUAACUGGCAGGCUGACGUGUGGGCGCUGGGCUGCAUCCUAUACUACUUGUGCUACCUCAAACACCCCUUCGAGGACUCUGCCAAGCUCAGAAUCGUCAAUGGGAACUUUGUCAUCCCAGCUAACGACGGGAAAUAUGAUUGUUUCCACGAGCUGAUACGAGGCAUGCUGAGGGUGGACCCGGCGCAGCGCUUUAAGGUCUCGGAGGUGCUCGAACGCCUCGCUGCUAUCGCCGAGACCAAGGGAUUCGACAUGAAGACCCCCAUCACCAUACCCCUGAAGAAGAUUGAUCUCAAUGCCCCUGCCUACCAGCCCGAGGUGAAUGGUCGGGCAGGGGAACAGAAGCCGCCAGCCCGCCCCAGCCCACCCUCCCGCCCCAGCCCACCCGCCCGCCCGCCCUCCCGCCCGCCAGCCCCGCGGUCCCCUGUGCCCUCCCGCCCACCACCCCCGGCCCCACACCCACACCAAGGUGCGGGAGGGGGGCCAGGACACCCCCCACCCCCUGGAGGUGGUGGUGGAGGCGGUGGUCUGUUCUCCUCGCUCAAGGGUUACUCCGGCAGCAUCUUCAAGAACCUCAAGGACACCUCCAGCAAGGUCAUGCAGACGGUCAGCCAGUCCAUUGCUCGCACCGACCUGGACCUCUCCCACAUCACCUCCCGAGUGGUGGCUAUGUCCUACCCUGCGGAGGGGCUCGAGUCUGCAUACCGGAACCAUGUGGAGGAUGUCAAAGCGGUCCUGGACGGGCGCUAUCCAGGUCACUACGUCAUCUUCAACGUGUCGGGUCGCCAGUACACAGCAGCCAAGUUCAGUGCACGGGUGGUUGAAGGGAACUGGUCAAGUCGCAAAGCCCCCACGCUGGGCGCCCUGUACAACUUGGCAGCCAGCAUCUACGACUACCUGGCCAAGGACCCCAAGAACGUGGUUGUCGUGCAUUGUGUGGAUGGCAGGGCAUCCACCUCCAUGCUGGUGUGUUCAUUCCUGCUGCUGUGUCACGCGUUCAACAGGCCAGAACAGGCGCUCAACAUGUUUGCCAUAAAGCGCAGCCCCCCAGACCUGCAGCCAUCACAGUUCAGGUAUCUGGAGUACAUCCGCGACCUGACCUCCACCACGCCCACUCUGCCACACUUCAAGCCUGUGACCCUGACCUCCCUCAUCAUCACACCUGUCCCCCUCUUCACCCAGCGCAGGGACGGAGUGCGGCCCUACAUUGAGGUGUGGCAGGGCGAGCACAAGAUGUUGUCCACGCAGCAGGAAUAUGACAGAAUGAAGCUUUACAUGCCCCAGGAUAACAAGAUCAUCCUCCCCAUCAACAUCCAUCUGGUGGGUGACGUGUGUGUCUACGUCUACCAUGCCAGGCGGAUGAUGGGUAAAGUCAUUGGGGUCAAGGUCGCCCAGCUGCAGUUUCAUACGGGAUUCAUACCAGAGGAGGACACGUCUCUAAGAUUCAGCCUACACGAGCUUGACGACAUCACCGAGCCUGACCGUUACAUGGACAAGUUCACCGUCACUGUCAAUAUCUUCGUCUCGGAUGUGGACCGCACGCCCCCCCAGCCCCCGCCCUGGGUGUCCCGUCCCCCCACUGCAUUCAGACCCCAACUCGCCUUUGCCACCGCCAUAGAGAUGGAGGAAACCAGGGAGAAGUUUGCCAGCGCCCACGGUUCCCCCGCUCCGCCCCGCCGAGACUCCCUGCCCCUCCCCACUGCUGGUGUCACUGCUGCCCCGACAGCCGCCAAGCAGGACUUCAUGGCCAGCCUGCGAUGGGAUGGAAGCUCAGCACAGAACAGCCAGCCCGGGUCAGGGGAGGAGGUCAAGGAGCUCAUAUCGGACGAGGAGGAGGAAAUCGAGGUUGACCUUUCCUCUGCCGGCCGACCCCAGGAGUCAACCACGGCCCCACAGCAGAGCGAAGCUGACCUCUUGAACUGGGGGGGGCCUGGCGGAGGAGGUGGUGGGGGCGGCGGGGGAGCAGACAAGCUCACCUCCGACGUCAACCUCCUCGACAUCGGUGGUGGUGGUGGUGGUGGUGGUGGAGGUGGAGGUGGUGGUAUUGUGAAGGACCCCAGUAACUUUGACCUCCUUAGUGGUUUUGGUGGUGGUGGAGGUGGUGGUGGUGGUGCUGGUAAUCUGUUUGACCCAUUUGGUGGUGUUGGAGCCCAGCCGUCAGCCCCCCAGACCCAGACCCAGCCCCCCAGCACCCAGGAUCUGUUUGGGCAGUUCUCAGUCCCCCAGCAGCCCCCAGGAAGCCCCUUCACACAGCUUGGAGGACCGGGUUUGAGUCCCAUGGGUGGCGGGGGGCCUCCGAUGAUGGGGGGGCGGCCCAUGGGGGGAGCCACCAGCCCCAGCGCCCCCACCGUGCCCCCCAUGAUGCGGCCCCCACAACAACAACAACAACAACAACAACAACAACAGCAGCAGCCCUCCAAGCCUGCUGACCCCUUUGCUGAGCUGAGUAGCUUGGCAGGCAUGGGCGGGUGGGGCGGCUCCAAGCCCACCACGCCCAAGGGAGGCACGCCGGCCGGGGGCACACCCUUGGGGGGCAGCACUCCCGUCGCGGGCUCCCCCCAGCACCGCCCCCAGGCACCCCCCGGCACCUGGCAGGGACAUACACCAGGGAUGAUGGGCGGACAGGUUGGCGGAGGCGCUGGCUGGCAACAACAACAGAAUCAUCAACAACAACAGACCCAGCAGCAGCCCCCCCCUCCCAGACCCCCGUACACCCCUCAGCCCCAGCCCCAGUUCCAGCCACCCCCCGGUAAGACCCCCACCGGCACCCCACACCACCACGUCAGCUCCCCGUCGCAGCCAAAUUACGGCCGAGUCAACUUUGACGUUGCCAACAAAAACGCGGGUCAGGGCAAAGGUCGAGUGGGCGAGGACGCGUUUGGUGACCUCCUGGGCUCACAAGGCUUCAGUUUCAGCAGUGGGAAGGAUGCCGGACCGAGGACCAUGGCCGAGAUGAAGAAGGUGGAGCUUGCCAAAAAUAUGGACCCUGAGAAACUAAAGGUGAUGGAGUGGACGGAGGGGAAGAAGAAGAACAUCCGCGCGUUGCUGUGCUCGCUCCACGUCAUCAUCUGGGACGGCUGCAAGUGGAACGAAUGUGGAAUGCACCAACUGGUCCAGCCCAACGAAGUCAAGAAGCUGUACCGCAAGGCUUGUCUAGCGGUGCAUCCCGACAAGUGCACAGGGACGGAACAUGAAUCUCUCGCCAAGCUCAUCUUCAUGGAGCUCAAUGAUGCUUACUCGGAGUUUGAGAAUGACCCGAGCCAACAACAGAUCUUCAAGUGAACUGGGGAGAGGAGACAAGAAGAGGAGAGGAGGAGGAGAAGGAGCCCCCAGAAGAGGUCGUGAUGCUUCCUGACCCACUAGCCAAGGAGGUCAAGUCUUGGAAGGGCCCAUGACCCCUCUGUGACCCUGACAGCACAUAACCUUAUCUCAUACAACUGCUGGAAGACGCAUAGCUGACCUGACCCUCACAAGACUUGCCACAGAAAGGCUUGGUGACCCGAGAUAAGUUGUGUCCAGUGUGAGAGAGAGUGUGUGUGUGUCUGUCCUAUAUGUGUCUGUUACAAGGAGAGACUAAACGAUUGCGAGGUUUAACGAGUCACAUUGUCGUUUCUAUUUGAUGAUUCUGAUUAUUAUUAUUAUUAUUAUUUCUGUUAGUGAGUGAGUUUGUGUGUGUGUGUGUGUGUGUGUGUGUGUGUGUUAGUAUGCGUGUGCAACCAACCAAGCUUCUUCUCAUCUCGGCAGCAAACUUCAUUUUUAUCAUUAUUAUCGUUAUUUUCAUUAUUAUGAUUAUUACUUUUCUGUUUCGUGUCUGCGCUUUCCUCAUAGUUAAUCGCAUGCACCCACACACACAGCCACAGACUCCUCCACCUCCUGUCUUCUCUCUUGUUAGUGUUAAGUCUCUACAUGGGUUAGUUUUGAUACCAAGAGGAAGGAAACAGCACACUACACACACACACACACACACACACACACACACACACACACACACACACACACACACUCUUUUAAUGGUAGUUAGGAAUAUAGGGGCAAAAAUAAUAGCAUAAAAGCAACCACACACACACACACACACACUUAUUAGAAGGUUAAAAAAAUAAGAAGGCAAUUUGAAGUGUGUUAUGAAGCCCCAGUAUUUACACACACACACACACACACACACACACACACACACACAAGCAAGAAUAUUAAAGUUUAGCUUCAAGAAAAUCAAAUAUAUAUAUAAAGAAUAAGCUUGAAACUGCUUCCUAAAUUAUGCUAAAAAAAAUAUUUAAAUUUAGCUCGAAAAAAAAUUAUAUAUAUGUACAAAAUAAGCUUGGAACUACUCCCUAAAUGAUGCUGAAAAAGAAUAUUAAAGUUUAGCUUGAAAAAAGAUUAAAUAUAUAUAAAAAAAAAGCUUGGAACUGCUCCCUGAAUGAUGCAAAAAAAUAUAUUAAAGUUUAGCUUGAGAAAAGAUUAAAUAUAUGUACAGAAUAAGCAUGGAACUAUUCCCUGAAUGACACUUCAAAAAAAUAUAUAUUAAAGUUUAGCUUCAAAAUAAUUAAAAUAUAAACAUAAGCUUUGAAAUGAAGGUGAAAACAAAAAUAAACAAUGUGCUUUUGAGGUGCAGAAAACAGUAUAUUAAUCUCUCUCACUGUUUCUCUUUUCUCAUUCAAACUAAAAAAACAAAACAAAACCAUAAACAGAAUAAGCUUAUAAGGUGCCUUAAACAGCAUAGCCCUCCCUCCUGAUCUUCUUCUUCAAGGUGUCAGUUCAGGAUUAAUACAGUUGCUAAGAGUCGUGGUAAACAGUGCUAUCUAUUUCUCUCUUGGGCGGUGCUUCUGCCAGGCUUGCGAUGAAAGUCCAUACUAGUAUUUUGAAACAUAACUGGUGCCUCAUUUUGCCUGUUUGAAAAGCCUCUCGUAGAAGCUCUCGAGGUAGCUGUGUGUAGGGUUAGGUUGCUUUGGUCAGGUCAGGUCAGGUCAGUAAUGCAAAUAGUAAUGGUUGUUUGGGAGAAUGAGAGAGAAGCUGGAGUCUGUUAGGAGAUGUAUAUGUCAGCUCUCAAGGUAGCUGUGUGGAGGGCAUCACAUUAUGUAGGUUAGGUUGGUUAGGUGAGGUCAGUAAUGCAUUUUAGGAAGAGAAAGAGGCUUGAGCAGUGCUGUGAGUCUGUUAGGGAAUACAUAUGUUAGCUCUCAUAGUAAUGGUGAAUAGGGCAUCUUAUAACUUAGGAGAGGAUGGUUAGAUAAGGCCAGUGCAGCAUUAUAGGAAGAGAAGAGGCUUGAGCAAUGCUGUGAGUCUGUUAGGGAAUAUUACUGCUGUCAACGUAACCUCCCAGGGCAUCGCAUAACUUAGGUGUUACUCUACUACAAGAAACUGCUGUGAAAUCGUCAAUAAGUCCGAGUGUUGUCGUCCGCCACAGUGCAAUGCGACAGUGAGUUUUAGCUUUGUUUUUUAAGUCACUUGUGUUAGUUUUUUUAUUAUUGUUAUUAUUAUUAUUACUCUUAUUAUUAUUAUUUUUUUUUUUUCCGGUUCGGCCUAUUACGCUGGUAGGCUUUCUCGGUGGGGCCUGAUGGUCGGCCAGUGUUUAUAGUGGCGCCAUAUUGCAGUGAGUUAUUGUGGAGUCUUUCUAUAUUCAGGGAAGAAUAUAUUUGACCCAGUCAUGAUAUUUGGUUUCCAGUAUUAUUAAUAUUUGAGGCAACUUCUUAUUACUAUUAUCACUAUUAUUUAUUUUCGACAUCUCCUAAGGUGGGCAUAAUUAGUAAGAAGUGAUACAGGUAGAUUUGGAUCUGUAGUAAUAGUUUUUUUAUGAUUUAUUUGCGUCGAUAGAGAAGAAUUUUUGUAUAGGAAAAUAACAAAGUCGACAAUUGAGUGAGUAUGUAAAAAAAUGUCAUGUGUACAUUCUCAGUUCGCUAACUCAAUACAUACAUGAAAAAAUUGUUGUGUGUACAUUCUCAGUUCGCCAACUCUACGUACAUAAAAAAUAGUCAUGUGUACGUUCUUAGUUAGCCAACUCAAUACGUACAUGAAAAAAUGUUGUGUGUACAUUCUCAGUUCGCCAAGUCAUACGUAUGUGAAAAAAUCGUCGUGUGUACGUUCUCAGUUCGCUAAUUCGAUACGUACAUAAAAAAAUUGCCGUGUGCACGUUCUCAGUAGUAGUGGACCAAGUUUUUUUUUUUUUUUUUUUUUUUUUUUUAGCUUAAGUUAUUUGGUUCUUUUACUUGUGAAUCGUUUUUCUUUAUUUGUUGUUGUUUUCUUGUUUUCCCUCUUUUUUUUCUGGCAUUUCAGUUUCCAUCUUCACUUCAAAAUUCAUACGUCCUUAAACAUUUAUUUAUUUAUUUUUGGGUUCAUUUAUUACAUUUUUCUACUUUUUUCUAUUUUUUUCUCAUUUUUUCCUCUGCAAGGCCACACACACACACACACACACACACACACACACACACACACACACACACACACACACACAUUUGGAUCUCUCUAUGUACAAUAUCAGGUUCAAUUUCUCUCAUUUUUUCAGCUUUUUGCUUAAGUUCCGUUUGAGUGUCACAUUAAAAUAUACAUGUAAAUAGUAAAUGGGGUGAGUUGAGUGAGCUGCUGCUAGCUAGAUACAGUCACAGGUAAAUAGCAAUAUAUACACACAUGCUAUUUUUGUAUAUGGUUUUGCUAGUAGUGGAGAAACGUGAAUUUUCUGCUCCUAUUUACAGUACCUCAUUCUGUUCCCAUUUUAUUUUUUUCCUGUCCAAUUUUUUAUUUUUUUAUUUCUUGUUUCUUACUAUUACUACUACUACUACUACUCUUGCUGCUAAUGCUUUGUCUGUGUGUGUGUGUGUGUGUGUGUGUGUGUGUGUAAAUAUAUGUAAAAAGAUGAAAAAGUUACACGAUAUCGUAGUAAUUGUUGUAAUAGUCAGUAAAAGAAAUCCAUUAUCGACAACUUAGAGAGAGAGAGAGAGAGAGAGAGAGAGAGAGAGUGAGUCUUCCUAUCUCUCUAUAUAUAUGUAUAAAAAAAAAUAAUAGAAUAACAACUACUAUUACCACUACUAGCAUGUACUCCUUCAGAAACCUUCAAAAAAAUUAUGUAUGUGUGUCUAGGAACUGUUAUGUAGGUGUGUGAUGCCACAUAUAAUAAUAGUCAAGCGUAUUCUCCACUAUUAUAAACUACUAAAGUAAUCUCCUAUUUUGGAACGCGUCGGAGCCUCGCGUCCCCUGUUUGAAAAGCCUCUCGUAGAAAUUGCCGUUGUUUUCAUGGAUUGUUUUGUGAUGCCAGUGAUAGUUUUACCUGACUUCCGCGUCUUGAACGGGAAAAACACACAUGAAAACCCAGGUAAUCUUCUCGGUGACCUGUUUGAAAAGCCUCUCAUAGAAGUUGCUGGGGUUUUCAUGGACUGUUUUAUGAUCCCAGUGAUAGUUUUACCCGACCUCUGCGUCUUGAACGGGAAAAAACACCCCUGAAAACCCGGCUAAUCUUCUCGGUGGCCUUGGGAAAUAGUCGUAACGGGGGCCGAUGCGUUUGGAAAUAUGGAGCAUAGUCUGCCGAUAUCCUUGCAUGUGUUCAAUGAAAAGCCAAGGCGAUUUUUAAAGGAAGGAGGAAAAGAGAGAGGAAGGGACUCGUAUGGAAAUAUAUAUGACGUAACUUAGCUAGAGGGAGAGAGAAAGUGUGUGAGGGAGAGAGAGUAACCUUGCAUGUGUUCAAUGAGAAGCCAAGACGAUUUUUAAAGGAAGGAGGAAGGAGAGAAUGGGACUGGUAUGGAGAUAUAUAUGAUGUAACUUAGCUAGAGAGAGUGUGAGGGAGAGAGAGAGAGUAUCCUUAGACAAUUGGCAAAGGAAUGAGAAAGAGAGAGAAGGUGGGAAUGCAACUGAUAUAUAAAGUAACUUACCUAAAGAGAGUGUAUAAGGGAGAGAGGAUAUGAUACUGUAUGUUUAAUGCAAAAAACUAUAGUGACUUUGCCAGUGGGAUUAUCUAGGAAGAAGUAAAGGAAAGGACUGUUAUGGAGAUAUAUAAAGGAACUUAGCUGGAGAGAGUGUGUGGGUGAGAGAGAGUGUGUGUGUGUCUGUGCAUGUCUUUAUGAAGCCAAGUCGAAGGUGAAGCUUAGAUAUCAAAACAUUCGCUAGGAAGAGGAACUGUAGAAGACUAGCCAUUUAAAAUACUGAGGAAGAAUUACAAUGAAACGUAGAUAGCAAUGAAGAUACAAUGACAUAGUGUCAUCCAAAUAUAUGCUAAGUAAAGCUAGGAAGAAUAUUGAAUCAUUCCAGUUAAAAAUGUCAUAUCAUUAUGGCCCAUUGCUGUUUAGUUAGACCAAAGAAGACUUUUAUGAUAAACUAGUGCCCGGAAAGGCUUAUGGAUUCUGGGCUUGAAGAGAGAGUCUGCUAAGAACCGGCCAUAUGAAAGAAGAUGUAUUAGUAGUUUGUUAAGGGCCAUUGCUGUUUAGUUUGGCCAAGAAAGACUUAUGAUAAACUAGUGCUCAGAAAGGCUUAUGGAUUCUGGGCUUGAAGAGAGAGUCUUCUAAGAACUGGGCAUAUGAAAGAAGAUGUAUUAGUAGUUUGUUAAGGGCCAUUGCUGUUUAGUUUGGCCAAGAAAGACAUGAUAAACCAGUGCUCAGAAAGGCUUAUGGAUUCUGGGCUUGAAGAGAGAGCCUGCCAAGAACUGGACAUAUUAAAGACCCACCAAUAAGCACUACUAAGAAAACAGGAGUAAGAUAGAGACCCAGGAUCAAGAUAACAAGGACCAUUAAGAAACAUGAAUAAGAGCAAUAUAAGCCUCCAUGUUUCUUUUCAAAACAAGUUGAUAAAAAGAUAGUGAUCAUAAUGACUUUGGUAAUUAUGAUAAAGUGAGAAAGCGAUUUUAUUUAGUUACGUAGAAAGAAAGAAAGGAGAAAGUGUGUGAGCUAAGGGAUUGGAGAGAGAGAGAGAGAGAGAGAGAGAGAGAGAGAGAGAGAGAGAAUAAGCAUCAAGGUGUUUUUUUUUGUUUUUUGUUUUCAAGCGAGGAAAGACUAGCAAAGAGAUAUGUAAUAAUAAUAAUAAUAAUAAUAAUAAUAAUAAUAAAUAUGUGUUACAACCUCCUCCUCCUCCUCCUCCAUUGAUUUUGUGAUAAUAUGAAUAAGUUUACCCUAGUUUACCCUCUUCCCCUGACCCCCCCACCCCCCACCCCUGGUAGAAGGUGCGUUGCCCCCUGAGAUGAAUAAUUGAUGAGUUCGUAGCGAGAUUUUUAUUUUUUUUAUUUUUUGUAGUGAGAAUUUUUUU